UGGUAGAUGGCGUUAUUCAUUGCAUGCUUUAGGAAGUAGUUUCCGGAUCCGUUAGAGUAAAUUUGGUUUCUUGCGUAUUGUUAAGUGUUGUGUUGUUUAAUCUAGUUAAAUUAAUCAAUUCUGUUUGACCCAUUGAAUUAGGAUGGCCAAGAAAGGUAAAGAAAGACCAGCCAAAUCAGCUAUUAAUGAUGUGAUCCAACGGGAAUAUACAAUCAACAUUCACAAAAGGAUUCACGGCAAAGGUUUCAAGAAACGAGCUCCAAGAGCCAUCAAAGAAAUUAAGAAGUUUGCUUUCAAACAAAUGGGAACCUCAGAUGUCCGAGUUGAUACUCGAUUGAAUAAAUUCAUCUGGUCCAAAGGAAUCCGUAAUGUACCUUUCAGAGUAAGAGUUAGACUAUCAAGGAAACGUAAUGAAGAUGAGGAUAGUCCAAACAAGUUAUAUACUUUGGUCACCUAUGUUAAUGUUGCCACUUUCAAGGGUCUUCAAACAGAGAAUGUGGAUGAAGCAUAAACAAACCUAAAUUAAUAAAGUCUCUUUUGAUGAAUGUUAA